CAGGGAUAUCGAAAGGUCCAGAUUUCACCAACCGAAUACAAGAUCAAACCAACAGACUCAACCAACCUCCGCACACGCGCCGAUCUUCUACACACGCCAUCGUAUGCUUGUUACUGCUGACACCUUUAGAUCUGACGAAUAGAAUCUUUCUUGUCCCCGUGUCUUGGCUUGUUGUGUACCUUUACAAACCUCACGUCCCGCAGUCCGCGGCCGUACGCCAUCACCGAUUCAGCACUCUUAUCAACAUUGCACAUCUUAUCGGAAGAUGCAGAUACAAUUGCAACCUUCUAAGUCGAUACUGGCUGCCAACAACCGAUUCGUUCUUACCUCGAAGGACCUGCAAGCCAUACACUCGACACCUUCCCAAAGCGACAAAUACCCAUGCGACAAUCACUCAAGAACCAAGAUGCACGACCUCCCAGACGACAUUUUGAUACUCAUCUUCUCCAGUUGCGAUAUUGACACUCUCUUUACCUUACGACUGACUUGCACAUCUUUCUGUGCGGUCAUCCAAGCAUACAUCGAGACUAUCGCGCCUUCCUCCGCACGCGCCACAUUUCCAGAAUGCGACUUACUUCUUACACCGCCUAAGAACAGAUACACCUUGCGCUGGUUACGCAACCUCAUUCCAGCUCAACUAGCCAGUAUCACACUCGACAAGGAUAAACUUCGUCGUCACCCCUACGUCAACUCAGGUUUUCUUUACGGCAUACCCAGCGAGAGCGACUGCACAGAAGCGACGUAUUGGCGGCAGCGGCUCACCAACGGAUGGCGGGUUCUGAGGUCAUUUCAUCUGAUUUCAGCCAGGGUCUACUCCAGCUGCGACGACGAACUCAAGAGGCCGAACGCUUUCAGGAAAGUCAGCGGUGGCGUCCGAACAAGUCGACUCUGGCAAUCCGUGACUUGUCAGUACGCCGGCUGUACAGAACAUGGCAUGAAGCAUUUAUUUGAUUCAAAACAUCGUCGCGACUCCCACGGCAGCCACAACGAGGCACAGAAAGACUUAAAAGACCCUAUUUCAGAAGUCCGCCGCAAAGAAGCACAGAUUCUAAGGAGGAGGCUAGCGCAUGUGAAGACCUUGUCUGAUCAAGACCUCCUAGACUACGUAUACCUCUGGCGCUUACUCCUCCACGUUUUCCGACCUUACAACAAACCCGAGACAACAGUAUGGCAGUUCACACAAGGCUGGUCCUCGUCCACUCCCAUCCCGCGCCCAAACUGGCCCACUAUAAUCAGCGACAUAGCACAAGGCUGCUCCUGGCUCAACUGGCUAAUCCUACACAUCGGCACUGCGCCAUUUCUCUCCCAAUGGUCACUUUCCCCACAACACCCAGACCAUGCCACCAGCAAUCAGAUCCGCAACACCAUCUGGUGCGCCUGGAACUCCCGCAGCACCCACCAAAUCGAGAUCGAGCGCGAAUACAUUUCGAAAUUCGAAUUCGCCCUACGAAAACGCUGUCUCUCAUCCGAACGCCUCAAGCGCCUCGAAGCCGAAAUUUCACGCGGAAGGAGUAUUAAUACGAUUAGUCUGGACUGUAUACCUUGGAUCUAUGACCAGCAUCACCGCAUUCCGCGGCCAUCGAGUGAUUUUCCGUGGUAUGAGGCUGAUCGGCCCGUGUGGUUAGAUGGCGAGUGGGGUGUUACGAGUACGCCGGGGACGAGUUGGGGUCAACCGGGGGUGUUGAAGGGGGGUAUGAAUAGAUACAAGAGCAACAGCCGGGAGAGUGAAAUCGAUUACCAUGUGUGUGGUCCGCUAGCCAAGGUGCCGUAUCUGGUAUACUUAGGCACGGAAGAGGCGGGGAAGCUGUGGCCUGGAAGCGAAGGUGACGGGGCGGAACUGGCAUUCUGAAUGAACAACGCGGAAUGAGUCUAUAAUCUAUCAAAUAUCAACGGGACCAGCGGGACCAGUCUAUGUCCAAAGAGCUCAGGGCCGCUCAGUCUCCUCCACCGCCCCCGUCGCCACCUCCACCUCCGCCUCCGCCAUCUCCACCACUACACCCACUAUCCCCACCGCCACUAGAGCUACCACCACCAUCCCCUCCUCCUCCUCCUCCUCCACUGCUAUAGCUCGAUGUAUACGUCGCUGUGCUGUAAGAGCCGCCAUAGCCACCCCAACCA